AGCAUUGCAACUCCAUGCAUCAGCAGGCAUGAUAAUUACACACCCACUUCACACCAUUACCCACAACUCGGACGCCCAUCCCCGCAUGAAGACCCCCGGUACACGAUUCAGGACACGGACAACACCAGCGCCUUUCAAAGAGACAUUUCUGGAGCUUCGUGGUUUGCAAUUAGAGGAGAGAGUAAUAAGUUCAUUUAGGGACUUUAUUUGAAAACAAUGGCGAACUCCGGUAUUCAGCUGCUGGGAUUUUUCUUGUCGUUAAUUGGCAUCGUUGGACUGAUCAUCGGGACUAUUCUGCCGCAGUGGAAGAUGUCCGCGUACAUCGGCGACAACAUCAUCACAGCCGUGGCCAUGUACCAGGGACUGUGGAUGUCGUGCGCUUUCCAGAGCACCGGGCAGCUCCAGUGUAAAAUCUACGACUCCAUCCUGCAGCUCGACAGUUCACUUCAGGCCACUCGUGCCUUGAUGAUAGUUGGCAUCAUCGUGUCCGUCGCAGGUCUGGGUGUGGCUUGCAUGGGAAUGAAGUGCACCACCUGCGGAGGGAACGAAAAGCUGCGCAAGUCCCGCAUCGCCAUGACAGGGGGCAUCAUCCUGCUAGUGGGAGGGCUGUGUGCCAUCGUAGCGUGCUCCUGGUUUGCUCAUAAUGUGAUCCGGGCUUUCUAUAAUCCCUACACUCCAGUCAACACCAAGUUUGAGUUCGGCGCUGCCAUCUUCAUUGCCUGGGGCGGCUCCCUCCUAGAUGUCCUGGGCGGAGCCAUGUUGGCUGCUUCCUGUCCACGAAAGAAACAAGUGUCCAAGUACCCGUCCAUGGCCAGUUCUCGCUCUGGUCCACCGAGCAGCACUAAAGAAUAUGUCUGAAAGCUCCCCCCCCCACAGCUCGGGGACACCAACAGAAGCUGACAAAGACGCCCCCUCCUUGUUGCAGCAGUGGCGAGGAGUAAACCGAAGGUGUGAAUCAUAGAGGCAAAGAAUUACUGAAAUGGGACUUUCUUUUUUUAUUUUCUUCAGGCAGACCUUUGGUAACCCCUUGAUUAUCAUGUGGCACUCUCAAUUGUUUCAUGAAUGAUGUCUCUCACCCCGUCCACACAUUCUACAAUUGUUUACAAGUGAUCUUCACAAAUACAUUAUAAUUAGAUCCCCUGACUUAAUAGACAAGCCCUCGGGGUGUAACCUCUUGAAUUGUAGCCUAAAUGGUGGAUUAAAGCCAACCCUUGCACCUCCAUGUUAGAACCAGCAUCUAUUAGUGUUUGCCAUGUAAUUGAAAAUAAUCAAUUCCAGUUUGAUGUCUAGGCUGCGACUCAGGGGCUCUGUACAACAGAGACACAGGGUGACAAUACUGUGUUUUAUAUUAACGGUUGGUGGUUUUAAAAUAGACGUUACGAUGAGCAAGGUGUGAUUUCACACACAGGGCUCAGUGUGUAGGGUGGCCGUAUCACACAGGCCUUUUACUACAACACUCACUACAGGCCCUGCCGCUUUUCAUACCAGUGUGUUACAAACCCAGCUCCGAUAUGAAAUAGUUUAUCAUGUAGUCACUGUGCCGUAAUCACUCUAAUAGCUUCCAUAUCAGCCACUAUGAUAUCAAACUGCCACUAUUUAUUUUUGACAAACCUCGGAUAAGGUUUUGGCUCCUGUGUAGGUUUAUAUAGGAAGUAGAUCCCUGUGGCCCAGUUCUAGCUCUCAGAGAUUAUAAAGUCAUAUUUUUAUUAAGAUGUGUUGUGCUCUGAACAGUGUCUGCUCUUUUUUAAAAAAAUGUCAUAGUUUUAUACACCUGGCUCAUCAUGAAAAGUGAACGGAUUUUUAACAUGUCCAACAGUACUUAAAUAAUAAAGAUAUUGCAACAUU